UCGGGCCGGGGCGGAGCUCAGCUCCGGGCCGCGGCGGCUCCUGGGGGCCGAGGGCGAGAGUGGGAUCCGCUGGGGCUGGAGGAGCGCCUGGAGGGCUCAUGCAACAGACUUAUUGUCCAUCCUGAACCUUUGGGAUGGGGUGAGCUAAACUUUUCAGUAAAUAAAGAAUUCUGCUCCUGCCUGAAACUGCAAUAUGCUCUUCACUUGACUUCCCACCCCUCCGAACCUCAGAUCCCAGCAAUGGAGCCAGGCUCCGUGGUACGGGCUGUCUUCGAUUUCUGUCCCAGUGUCUCUGAGGAGCUGCCGCUGUUUGUGGGGGAUGUCAUAGAAGUGUUGGCAGUCAUAGAUGAGUUCUGGCUCCUUGGGAAGAAGGAAGGCGUCACAGGACAGUUUCCCAGCAGUUUUGUGGAGGCAGUCGAAGUCCCUGCUUUGAAACAAGGGGAUAAGCUAUUUGUCUGCACCAGCAACUUUACGUCCCAGGAGCCUGGCAGCCUGACUUUGCAAAGAGGAGACCUGGUGAUUCUGGAUGGUUCUGUGGCCUCUCCAUGGCUCCAAGGCCGAAGCUGUUGUGGAGCCAGAGGCUUCUUCCCAUCAUCAUGUGUGCGAGAACUUUGCCUCUCAGCCUAUGAUCCUCGAUCUCCUUAUGGUACCACCCUGGAGAUGCCCUCCUAUGCCCUGGGACAGGCCCGCGCUCUGAUGGGCCUUUCAGCCCAGUUGGAGGAGGAGCUAGACUUUCGAGAAGGGGAUGUGAUUACCAUUGUUGGGAUCCCUGAGCCUGGAUGGUUUGAAGGGGAGCUUGGGGGUCGUCGGGGCAUCUUCCCUGAGGGAUUUGUGGAGCUCUUGGGUCCCCUGAAAGCCAAGUGCAACCCAGAGGAGCCAGCGUUGUCUGAAAUCCAUAGCAUUAAUGGGGUGAAAGACACGUAUCCCAAAGCAAAGGAGAAGGCAUGGAGUGAUGGAGAGGAGUUGCCAGGGCCCUAUGGGGUUGCCCUCUAUCAGUUCCAAGCCCUAGAACCAGCAGAACUGGACUUUGAGGUAGGAGACAGGAUCCGGAUUCUGGAGGUCCUAGAAGAUGGCUGGCUGGAAGGACAGCUUCGAGGAAAACGUGGCAUCUUCCCCCACAGGUUUGUGAGGUUGGAAGAGAGUAGCCCACCAUCUAGGCAGAAAUGGGAAUCUGGGUGCAUAACAAAAGAAGUGGACUCUGAGGCAACCACCACUCACAAAACAGGCCCUUCUGCCACGUGGAAGGAGCCUGGGUGGGAUUCAGUCUGCACUGAGAAGAAGCCUGGUGGUCACCUUAGCAUGAGGCAAGAGGGCCCUUUGGACUCUGAGCUCAAACAGUCUGAAAUCCUAAACCACCAGAAAGAGGGCUGCUUGGAAUCCCUUCCCUCAGAUGUGCCAGGUUCUCCCUCUCUAGAUUCUAUCAAAGCUGUCAACGGAGUUUCUUGCAUACCUCAGCCUUCACACCAGCCAAAAAGCCAACUUUUCUGUCAAACGAAUAACUCAGAGUCUAGUCCAAGCCCAAGGACCUCAUGGGGCUACUCGGAGGUCCAUACCCCCUUAGAGUGGGACGGAGAUACUCACAGUCUGCCCCAUAAAAACAUCCGUGGUGAGGAUCUGGCCACUUGUAUGGAUGUCCAGAGGCGGAAGCCCAAAUCUCGGUCUUCCAGCUUCAGUGGGACUCAUGAAGGCCUGGACACUUGGCCUGUCUGGCGUGCUGCUCGGGCUGAGCGUCCACAGGGGGUGCUCCAUGGAGAGAGCUGUGGUGACCUUGACUCCAAAUUGACAGAGCAACUGGCUCAGUUUGAGCAGAGCCUGGCAGGCCCAGUUAGGCCCAACUAUGGCACCCUGCCGCGGGAUAAUGUCUCCCGCCACUUUUCCAUCUUGGAUUUCAGCUCUGAGAAGGACAUUGUACGUGGUUCAGUGGAGCACACUCCACAGAGGAGAAAGGUGCUGAGGCCACCACCUCCCCGGCCUAGUACCCCAGUUUCUGCCUCGCUUCACUUACCUGCCAGGCACAGCCCCAGAUCUGCACCUCCCUCUCAGACUGUGUCCACCUCGGUGCGUCCUUCCAGGCCUGCACCUCUUCCGCCUACAGGCAGCCAGAGGAGGAGCCCUGCUUUAGCCAAGGUACAGUUGGGGAGCAAAGAGGGCCAAGGCAACACUGACAACUCUAGGGGUGCAUCUCCAUGUCCUUUCCUGCUGAGCCGCAUCCAGGACCUGGAGCAAGAACUGGAUGUUUAUGGGAAGACCCGGACAGAGCUCAGUGCAAUGAUGGAGCAGCCGCAGGGUGAACUAGGCCGAGCUGAGACCCUGGAAAACUUGGACUUCUGUGACUGCAAAAUAUCAAGUCUGCGCCUGGAGCUGCAGGAACUGAGGGAAAUGACCCUGCUCUCCUCCCAGCCAGCGUCGCUGGAGUCUCCGGCUGCUGCAGCCACCACUCCCAACCCCAAGCAAAGGAUGUUGGAGAAGAGGGCAAAGGUCAUUGAAGAGCUGCUGCAGACUGAGCGGGAUUAUAUCCGGGACCUUGAGAUGUGCGUGCAGAAAGUCCUGGUGCCCCUGCAAGAAGCACAGGUGCCACAUGUAGACUGUGAGGGACUCUUUGGGAACAUCUAUGGCGUCAUUGCCUUCUCCAAGCAGUUGCUGAGCACCUUGGAAGCUGCAGACGCUGUUGGCUCAACAUUCCUGGCGCUUCGGGCUGAACUGGAGGAUGUGUACAAAGUCUAUUGCCACAACCAUGAUGAGGCCAUUGCGCUGUUGGAGGCCUAUGAGAAGGACGAGAGAGUGCAGAAGCAUCUGCUGGAAUCUCUGGAGACCCUCAGGAGUCUGUACAGUGAAUGGGGUUGCACCAACUACAUUGACUUGGGCUCCUUCCUGAUCAAGCCAGUUCAGCGUGUGAUGCGCUACCCGCUGCUGCUGAUAGAGCUCCUGAGUGCUACACCCGAGUCUCAUCCUGACCAUGCUCCGUUGGCAGCUGCUGUCCUGGCUGUCAAGGAGAUCAACGGUAACAUCAACGAGUACAAGCGCCGUAAGGACUUAGUGCUGAAGUACCGGAAGACUGAUGAUGACAGCCUCAUUGAGAAGAUCUCCAAGCUCAACUUCCACUCCAUCAUUAAGAAGUCCAAUCGUGUCAGCAGCCAUCUCAAGCACCUCACAGGUUUUGCACCCCAGCUCAAGGAUGAGGCUUUUGAGGAGACAGAGAAGAAUUUCCGGAUGCAGGAGCGGCUGAUUAAAUCUUUCAUUCGGGACCUUUCCCUUUACCUCCAGCAUGUCAGGGAGUCCGCCUGUGUGAAAGUGACAGCAGCUCUGAGUAUGUGGGACCUGUGCAUGGAGAAAGGCAGUGCUGAGUUGGAAGAGUUCCACAAAGUCCAUCGCAUCAUCAGUGACCAGCUUUUCUCUGAUUUUAAAGAGCGCACAGAACGGCUGGUGAUCUCCCCUCUGAACCAACUGCUGAACAUGUUUGCCGGGCCUCACAAGCUGGUGCAGAAGCGUUUCGACAAGCUCCUGGACUUCCACACUUGCACAGAGCGUGCUGAGAAACUUAAGGACAAACGGACCUUGGAAGAGUUGCAGUCAGCACGCAACAAUUACGAGGCCUUGAAUACACAGCUGUUGGAUGAGCUGCCCAAAUUCCAGUGCUGUGCCAAGGAGCUCUUCACCAGCUGCCUGCGUGGCUAUGCAGAGGCCCACUGUGACUUUGUGCGCCUGGCAUUGCAGGAACUGCAGCCUUUGCUCAAACUGCUGCAAGUGGUCGGCAGAGAGGGGAACCUCAUUGCCAUCUUCCAGGAAGAGCACAGCCGGGUCCUCCAGCAGCUGCAGGUUUUCACCUUCUUCCCAGAGAGCAUCCCUGCUUCCAAAAGACCGUUUGAGAGGAAAAGCUUGGAGCGCCAGUCAGCACGAAGGCAGCCACUCCUGGGCAUGCCCAGUUACAUGCUGCAGUCGGACGAUCUGCGUGCAGCCCUGCUGGCUCGGUACCCACCUGACAAGCUCUUCCAGGCUGAGCGCAACUUCAAUGCCGCUCAAGAGCUGGACGUGUCGAUGUUGGAGGGUGACCUUGUGGGCGUCAUCAAGAAGAAGGACCCCAUGGGCAGUCAGAACCGGUGGCUCAUUGACAAUGGAGUGACCAAAGGCUUUGUGUACAGCUCGUUCCUGAAGCCGUACAACCCACGAUGCAGCCACUCGGAUGCCUCCGUGGGCAGCCACUCCUCUAGCGAGUCUGAGCACAGCGGCUCCUCGUCCCGGGGCUGUAGCACACCAAGCAGCAUGAUGAGUAACGCCUCUGUGAGCAGCUCUCAAAGGUCUCCACAGGACUCUGGCUCCCAGGCGGAUCUGGACAGUUCUCUUCAGAGCCUCUCCGAAGUGGAUGCUGCCUGCCAACCCCAAGUGGGCCCUCCUGUAGAGUCUGCUCAGCCACCCCGCCUUGUUCCAGCAUCCCGGCGAUACAGUAACCCUGACCCGCGCAAUGGAUACCCAGCACGGCCCAAGGCCAGAGCAGCGCCUUCACUAGAGGAUGGCAACUCCAAACUGAAGAGCAGCGAGUCUAAGGGAAACCAGAUUUAUUAUGCCGUUUACACUUUUAAAGGCCGGAACGCUAAUGAACUGAGUGUAACAGCCAAUCAAAGACUAAAGAUUCUGCAAUUUGAAGACAUUACUGGCAAUCAGGAGUGGUGGUUGGCUGAGGCACAUGGAAGGCGGGGCUACGUGCCAUCCAGUUACAUUCGGAAGACUGAGUACACGUGAGAGGUGGACGGGGGAUGCCAGAGAACAGUGCCUUGAUUGCUGUUGGAACCAGGCAGAGGACUAAAGGGGGAAGUCUUGCUCUUCCUCCCUGCCCUGUUCCCAGGUGGUCUAGACUUGGGUGCACCUGGGGAGUCAGACCAGGUUUCCCGUGAAGGUGAAUGAGGUGCUGCCAUGGAUUCUACUGUUUAUCCUAUAGGGCAAUCCCCUCUCCCCUCAGCAGGCCAGUGCAUUUCCCUUCGACGUAGGCGUUUAGUCCCUUUGACUAACGAGGUUGCAGAGUAGCAGAUUAUGCAACUGAGAGACAUCUGGCAGAUGGGGGCUGAGUGACGGGCCCAGUUGAGAACACAAGGAGAUCUCUGCUGCAUCAGACCAAAGGUCGAUCUAGUCCAGUAUCCCCAGUCCCACAGUGGCUAGCCAGGUGCUUCCAGGAGGCCCGUGGGUAGGGCCUGAAGACAAUAGCCCUCCUCUGCUGUUGCCCCCCAGCAACUGGCUUUCCAGUGGUAUGCAGCCUCUGCACCUAGAGGUUCUAGUUAGCUAAUAGACGAUCAGCCUAGCAAGAGCUUGGAAACAGUUGCAAGAGUGAUGCACAAUGAACUGGCCUCUUUGUCAGUGCUGGGUCUCACACAAGGACAGGUUGUGAGUUUGCUUCUCUAUAGACAGCAGUGUGCCUGUGCAUGUGUGCAAGAUACUGGUCACCAAAAAAGAGAGAGAUUCAGAGGGCCACUGCACAGACUCUCUUGGUUCUGGCAGCUGCUGCAGGAGGGGCUUCUUUGUUCAUCUUCAGAUGGGCAGUCAUUCCUGAAGCACAUCUUGACUUCUGUCUGUGAUUGCUUUGUGCCUUACCCAUCAGCCAGAGCUCUGAGAAGCAUUCCAGUCCCAGGGAAGGAAGAAGAGUGUAAGGGCUGCAUUUUCCCUCCUGAUACUCCUGAGCUGCUGUUUUGUAAAUAAAAUCUUUUUAUGAAAUUA